CAGAAGAAUAUCCCCAUUUUUCCUGAGACCCAACACACGAAUACAAUUCCAGCCCCCGAAAUAAGUAUACUCCUCGUAAAACGAGCCUCCGAGAGUAUACAUCCUCGCCCAAGACUCCUUCACCCCAUACUCUCUCAUGCCCCAAAUCAUAAUCGGGCAGCCAUCGUCCACUGCAAGUGAUAGGUAUCCCCCUAAAACUGCAAUGUGGAGAAAAUUCCGUCUAGACAGCGGAUGGACCGAGUUUUUGACUAUCAUGGGCAAAUCCAUCUCGACCUCCCGAAAAAAAUUGUCCGCCAAGUCGAACGAAACAAUGCCCAAAUUAUCGUCCCUAAACCAGUGCAGCCUCCCGCUCGCCAAAACCCCUCCAGCGAAUGUUGCCCGAAACCUAUGAACCGGCACAUUCUUGGCCCUUUUCCAGGUGUUACUCUUGAAAGUAUACACAUAAGCAUUCGUUUUCUCCUCCUGUUCAUAAAUUUUCAUAUAAUCCACACUCACCACAGUAUAGUCCCGGGCGGAAGGAUUGUAUCCGAAGCCAAACACGGAUUUGUAGGAUUCAUCUCGACAAUCCACCUUACUGAUCAGAUGAUUCUUUGGCAGCAAUUUGAAGGUCUUCGUAAAGGGAUUGUAAAGUCAAAAGCACAAGGCGCUUGGAGUAAUAAAAUCACUAACACGAAUACAAUCUCCCGCAAAUCCAAACCCAUCAAAUUUAAAAACAUCACAUUUAAAAACAAACCUGACCGUCCCAUCGCGUGGAUUAUAGCUAACCAACCCGAAAAAAAGAAUAUCCCCAUUUUUCCUGAGACCCAACACACGAAUAAAAUUCAAGCACCCGACAUAAGUAUACUUCUCGUAAAACGAGCUUCCGAGAGUAUACAUCCUCUCUCAAGACUCCUUCACCCCAUACUCUCUCAUGCCCCAAAUCACUAUCUGGAAGCUAUCGUCCACCGCAAGCGACAGGCAUCCCCCUAA